UUGAUUACCAAACAAGAUCGUUAUUAACCCAUUUCUUUUUCCCUCUCUUUUCGCCAUGCGCAAUACCAAACGGGUGGGUCGGUGGGAUUUAUUAACCCCAUUUCAUGUUGUACGAUAUAUAAUUAAAUUCAUUGCGAUUACGAAACCAAUUGAAGAGGAGGAGUCCGAUUCUCAACAAACCGGGUGCGAAGAAGAUGAAAUCGAGACUCGGAGCUUCAAUUUCUCCGCUAUUCACUGCUCAACGUAAGAGAAGCAGCUUCAAAUCCAUUUCAAGCAUACCAAAGUUCACUUUGUUCAACGUUGAUGCCUACAGUAAUAGCCUCCAGUUACAAGGAAAUGAAAGCUUGAAGCGGUCAGUUCACAGUUCUGUUUACUUAUCAAAAAAAGAAGACGAUGAAUUCUCAGAAUUGGGUCCGCCUGUAGCCCAUGGUGCCAAAGGAUUGCUGAAAUUGGUGACAGAAAAACCUGAAACUUUUAGGAAAUCUGAUCCUGCCAGAAAACUUGCAUCUGGGAGGUCUUUGAAUGGAAAAAGUAGCACCAGCUGGGAGGACAUUUUGGCAAGCAAAAUUCGACCUUCACCAGCUCCUUGCUCAAGCCACGAUGAUGUUUCUAGCUACCCUAAUAAGAAUAAGAGUGCUUCUAACUUAAAAGGUUCGAGGUCUAUUACUGUACAGAAUGUACCUUCUUUAAUCAAGCUUUCCCAUCUGAUAGAAGCAAUUUCAAUAUUUGGAAAGAUAUCUAGUGCUUCCAUGAGAAGUGUACCUAAUGAACUCGACUGCUGCGAUGUUGAAUUUGAGUGUGUAGAAUCAAGCAGGAGAGCAGCUUCAGUGGGUGGCAUUACGGUAAAGAGCUUUCAACUUCCAAUUCAUGCUCAUCUUGAUGCAGAAACUGUUACCAUUAGAAUUAAGAAUAUCAGCAGUGAAACUACGGUUCCUGCCAUACACUCGAAGUGUGUUUCGAUUGGUUCAUUGGAGGGGUUGUCAAGGGCAAAAAACGAUGCAGUAGAUGCCUUCUAUAGUGUGCAGCACGAGUUGGAGUCACAAAGCAUACUUAAAAAGUUGAAUGGUACAGUCAUUAAUGACUGCCGAUGGUCUGCAAACUUACUACCAAGUGAGUCCUCUCCUUUAGUGAUGACCGACUCUGAGGAUGCUAAAUGUGAUAUAGGAUUGCAGAUCAGCACCCGUCUAGCCGAAUUGAAAGAGGAAAUAUGUAUGAAGAAAAUUUACUUUGAAGAUUUAGAGUCUCUGCAUGCGGCCAUAAUGCACCUCGAAGAUCACCAUGCAGUCAGCGAUACGUCUUCUAUUGAUUGAGUUGAGAUCUGUGGCAUUUUAAUGUUUUAUUUCAGUUUGAAGGCGCAUCACUAGACUACAUUGCAUGGAUGAUGAAAUUUUUUAGAAAGUGGUGCAUGUUUGGACAGGAUGGCUGAUUUUGCAACGAGCAAGAGGUAUGAAAGGCUUGUGCUGAUCCAGCAUGAUUUGAAAAAGAUUACUCAUUACUUCGUAGCGAAAACGAAAUGUUCUCCGAUUACGCAAAAGCUUGAAUGUGAAUUCAAACAUGUUCCAUAUAUGAACCCUCUAAACUGGUGUUCACAAGGAUAUUUUUUUUAUUGGGGCGAUGGUCCAGCUUGAAUAGAUUGUUAUUUGUUAAGAGAGGACUAUUGUUAGCUAUUAUAGGGCCCAUUUGGCAACCGCAGUUACUUUAUGUUUUUGCUUUGACCCGAAACAAAAAUAAUGUUUUCGCUUUAGAGUGUUUAACAUUAUUUCGAAAUUUGGUUACGUAAAUUUGUUACAAGACUUUUGGAAGUAAAAACGUGAAAGCAUGUUUGGUAAAAAAUGUCGCAAGUUUGAAAAAUUAAAUAGUUAGUUAAAAAUAUUAAUUUAGAAUUUUUUUUUUUUUGAACAGUAUUUUGUUACCAUGCGAAAGUAAACAAAAAUAUCAUUUUGAUACUUUCGAUUUUAGCUUCAAUUUUGGAAACACUUUGAUAUUAUUUAAAAGACGACAGACAAACGUUAUCAAAUAU